AAGUCUGAGCUUGCUUGUGUCUUGCCUUUGCAGCUUCCUGUGCUCGGCUAUAUCUUAAAGAAGGGCCCACGUCCGUGUAAUACCAUUGCCACAACAUGAAGCAAAAAGGGGUGCCGGAGACCGGCCCCUUCCCUGAACACAGCUUUCGGUAACAUUUCACACAAGAGCAGGACAUUGGCAACUCAACUGUUAAACCCGCCUGUGCUUAUUCUUCCCUGAGAUCACUCUGAUGUCACCAGUGUAAUCUGAGCCUUGGAGCUUUUGUUCACACUUUAAAUAGCAGUCCCGGAAUGACUCCGCCACACACUCUCUGGAGAGCCCGGAGCUGCAUUCCGGAAGAUCCCACAUCGAUGAGAGCAAAGCGAGGCCGCCCAGCCAGCACCAUGUCCACGUCGCUGCGGGUCAGCCCGUCCGUCCACGGCUACCACUUCGACACGGCUUCUCGCAAGAAAGCCGCGGGCAACAUCUUCGAGAACAUAGACCAGGAGUCUCUCCAGAGGCUCUUCAGAAACUCCGGAGACAAGAAAGCGGAGGAGAGAGCCAAGAUCAUUUUCGCCAUAGAUCAAGACUUGGAGGAGAAAACGCGAGCCUUGAUGGCCCUGAAGAAGAGGACAAAAGACAAGCUUUUCCAGUUUCUGAAACUGCGGAAAUACUCCAUCAAAGUUCACUGAGGACCAGAGCCUGGAUAAGGACGUUAUCCGAGAAGGGACAUCCAAGGACCAAGUGAGUUUGUGCGACUCCAGCAGGUGCGGCGUUUGCUGCCGCCUUGCAAGUGUCUCUUCUGUCGGGGGCUCCCGAGUCCGGAGGGGGACGGGAGCCCCACGACUCGUGACACAGACCCCAGCCGGUGUCAUGCCCGAGCUGUUCCAGUGGAGAGCAAAGGGCUUCAGCAAGGAUUUGGGAACUCUCCCCCGCAGGGAAGGACUGAUGCUGAUACAAGAGUCUGGACAGACGUAAGGAGAAAUGAAGAGAACAGAUGGCUGGAGAUGACAUGCAUCCAGGGUCAUUGUCAGGCCCUAGGACUUAAAUUUAAACUGAACUCUUUUUUUUUUUUUACCAAACUGGGUAGGGGGAGAGGGGAGGAAGAGGGAGAACAGGGAGAAGGGAUAUCAUGCAUACAUUGUUUACUGAAUUUUUUUUUUUUAUCUGAAUGUUCAAAAUGUUGCCAAGCCUCCAUGUUGUCUAUUGGUAUAGAGUUUUAGAGAUCAGUAAUUGAUUAUUUAUUUGCAUUUAUUACAAUGCCUGGAAAAGUGCACCACAUGGGUGUUAAGUACAAAUUUAAGAUAACUGCAGCAGCUCAGUAAAACCAUACGCCACCUUUUGGUUUGUAAAGGGUUUUAUGUAUUUCAAACAGGUUGCACAAAAGUUAAAAUAAUGAGGUCCUUUAUAAAUCCAAAGUACUGUGAAAAAACUAUAAUUUUUUUUUAAUCUUCUGACUAAUGCUAAAACAUGGUCUAAGUAAAUUUCUUACAGUUGCUGCAGUAAGCAUUAGGAAGUGAAUAUGAUAUACCAAAUAGUUUAUAAAGAUGCUAUGGUUUCUAUAAUUUAUUAUACAUGGCAAGUGAUAUGCAACUAUAAUAAAUUAUUAUAAACUUA